AUGUGCGCCAAAUCUAACGGUGAUCCGUAUUGUGAAGGAAUUGGCAUAGGCGGUGCCGGGGACUUGGUGAAAAUGGUACACAACGGCAUCGAGUACGGUGAUAUUCAACUGAUCUGCGCAGCGCGUCACCUGAUGCUGGCGCUGGGCAUGGCACGGAAGGAAAUGGCACAGGAAUUCGACGUGUGGAACAAGGGCGUAUUGGAUUCGUUCCUGAUCGAGAUCCCGCACGAUUUUCUGAACGGCGACGUUGAGGGAUAGAUGCUUGAGCUCAUUCGUGACUUGGCCACAAGGAUACGGGCAAAUUGUCGGCGGUUGC